UUCCACCUAUCAUAUAUCAUCGAGCUUGCACGCGGACCGCCGAAGAGGUGAAGACGAACGGCCUGCUAAGCGCUCUCAUAUCUACCUACCUCAGAGGGGAAGACUCCAUACUGGGAGGCUUGAUCCCGCAUUUUCAGAGCGCACUUCAUCUACUGUCUCCGGAGCAUCGAUCAGGAGGCUGCUGCUCACUUAGAUAUUCCAUCUGGAUCACCACCAGCAAAGCAACACCAUUACCUGCAACCCCUAGCUGCCGCGUACUCGAUCAGCAGGCAAUAGACGGGACCAAACAGACACAGCCUUACGGGCUUGGGACUUGGUUCCCACUCCAGGAUUUAACCAUCUUUACGACAGAUACCUAGUGGUCUCUUACAAGGGACCGGACAGUUACCCAAAAUGGUGGGAGUCCCUGGAAGAUCCAAGGGCUGCGUCACUUGUCGACGGCGAAAGAAGGGUUGCGAUAAAACCGAGCCGGCAUGCCAACAGUGCACACGGUCCGGCUUGAAGUGCGAGGGUUAUGGACGAGAACUCGUCUGGGUCAACAACACGCCAAACGGAGAAAAUGGCAAAGCCCACCACAGCAACGACACGAGAGUUGCCCUGCAUGACUCGCUCGCUCGAUCAGCCAGAGAAGAGCUCUUCUUCGGCUUGCUCAUCUCCAUGUCCCUUCCGUACGGGCAUUUGCUGUCGCCCAAGGCUUCGGCCAUCUCGACCAACGGGUGGGUGGCGGCCGUCGACGAAUACUACAACCGAGAGCCGGCGAUUCGAUAUGCGGCGCUGGCAAUGAGCGCAGGCUUCAUGAGCGUGGAGGACAAGAAGAAUCAGGUCGCCCAGCACAGCCAACUGACGCUGCAGGGCCUCCAGGCAUAUAACAGGGCGAUUCAUGAAAUGGUCAAAGGGCUUAAGGACGAAAGGAGGUCAAAGAAUGACGGCGUCCUCGUGGCGGCCAGGAUAUUGCAAUCCUACGAGCUGUUUUUCGGAAGGGCACCCGACUGGCGCGCUCACAUCGAAGGCCAGCUAGCUCUCUUCAUGGCCAGAGGGCCGGCGUCCUUUACGUCUGGACAAGCGCACCAGCUGUAUGUCGAUGGACGGGUUCUUGUGGUCAUGUUGUCGAUAGGUAGACGAACCAAAUCACCGCUCAACACGCCCGAGUGGCGCACUGUCCCAUGGCGCAUCGUGCCCAAGUCGAUCAAAGACAAGCUGAUGGAUGUCAUGGAGGACAUUCCCUACAUGCUGGUCAGCUACGACAACCUCUGCGCCUGCCAGGAUCCGGAUCGCAUGAGCGAGCUCUAUCAGAUCCUCAUGCUCAACUGCCAGCACAUCUCCAACAGUCUGGACGCCUGGGAAAGGGAGAUUGGCGCGGAUCUCGACCGCUUCGACUAUACCGUUGCCGGCACUCCCGUGCCUACCCCCCAGGACGACACGGAGAUCUCUCUCGUCUAUCUCUCCAGCGUGUACUGGGGUGCUCGACUGAUGCUGUACAGCACGCUGGGCAUGGCCAUGAAAUAUGCGGCCGAAGCCAUGAGCCCCGGCAGCGACAGCGUCCCCGAGGUUCCUCAGAUCAGAAUGCUCAACCCGGGCAUCUUUGCGCGCAAAAUCGCCCAUGCGGUGCCUCUCCUGUACGGGCCUGCCGCCGGCGCCAUGCAGGGCGCCUCGGGCCUGUUCCCGAUGGCGCUCGCGCUGCGGUACUUUGCGACGACGGAGCCGCCGGGGCAGAGGAGCGUGGAGUCGCAGAUGGUGUACGACCUGUAUGCGAAGCCGUUUGUGGGCAGCUUUGUCGGGCGCUUCCUCAACGACUUGCAG